UGGCUGGUAAUUGGGUUCAGGCCUCCAUUGUUUGAUUGACAGGUGUUGUGGUAAAGUAUGAGGUUUGGGACAAUACGGUGUACUUGGGCUUAAAAAUUCAGUAUUUACUGAACGGCAUUAUUACUUGGCAGCGCCAGAGGGGCACAGAUUUCUUACCUUUACCGUGGCUGCUGCCGCUGCAAUACAAGUCUUUAAUCGCCUUUAGUAAUCUUUCUCUUCACCUGUUUCGCUUCCCGUGAAGUAAAACUGUUCUGCUCAAGGAAGGAAGGUCUUGGCCCAGAGCAGCGCAUACACGAAUAGGUUUAAUGGAUUGUUAUGGCAACGAGAGCUCCGAGGGCGACGUCGGGUUUCGAAUUGACGACCUGCUGGACUUUUCCAAUGAGGACAUCGGCGGACCUAUAGGCAGCUCCGACGAAAAUGAUGAGGCGGAGGCGGAGGAGCGCAACUCAGAUGACUCGUCCGUGACAGAAACGGAGGCUGCCGCCACCUGCGAGGUGGCGUCCAGGCCGACGCCUAAUGUUGUGGAAGCAGACGCCGGCCUUGUGCCGGCCGAGCUUUGCGUGCCGACGGACGCACUGGAAGAGCUGGAAUGGCUUUCGACCUUUGUGGACGACACCUUUGAGCCGUCGGCGGUCGAGUUCGAGCCCGUACCAGCUGCGGCCGUGGCUUCCGCGGCUCAGCAGAAGGCGGCGCGACCUGUUGAGGUUACUAAGACGUGGUUGCUAGGGCGGGCGCGGAGCAAACGGCGGCCGUCGCGAAGCCUUUCCGUGUCUUCUUCGCAGUCCACUGUUUUCGUUAAUGCGUUUCUCGGACGGGCAGAGGCGGAAGCGUCGGUGUGCUCGAGGCCGCCACCGCCGCUGCCUGUGGCGAAAAAGGCAAAGAAAGUGUGCUCGAGGUCUCUGGAGGACGGGUCGCCUGUUAACCGGCGGUGUAGCCACUGCUUAGUGCAGAAGACGCCGCAGUGGCGGACUGGACCGCUGGGACCUAAGACGCUGUGUAACGCCUGCGGCGUUCGUUAUAAGUCCGGGCGGCUUCUUCCCGAGUACAGACCGGCUCUCAGUCCCACCUUUUCCAGCGACAUACAUUCUAAUUGCCAUAGAAAAGUCGUAGAAAUCAGGCGCCAGAAGGAAACUCAACCGCAAAUAGUCGCUUAGUCGAAAACCCUAUCGUAUAUUAGUCAGCUAAUUUGAGAGAGCAGAGCAAUUUGCGGAGUAGCUUGGGUUCCAUUUAUUCGUAUCCAACUCACACUGCGGCACCAUCCUUUGUGUUCUGCUAUCUUUGUAAUGCAGAGCUCACUGUACUGUGUAAAAUAGUCUUAUUUCUUUUUGUUUUGGUAGGAAUUAUUUGACUCUUGUUCGUACGCGGCAGCAUGCUUUGCUUAGCUCAGCACAGCAGCUCAGCUCAGCCCGGCUUAAUCGAAAUUCAUCAUUUGUGGGUCUUGUGCUCUCUGAGAACAUUGCAAAACACUAUUUUUCCUACCAAACGGAAUGUAAUUCUUACUUGUUCACGGAUUGACGAA